UCUUCAGCGGAAGUAAACAGUCUGGCUGCUGUUUCUAUGACAGUGAGAGUCUCUCUGCCCUGUCAUCUCACUGCUCCGGAGUCCCGGAAGAAGCGAGUGUGUGAGUGAGGCAGAAUGGCGGAGAGUCCGGCAGCUGAGGCGAUCAUCCUCCCGGGGGCGGUUGGCGGAGGCAUGGUGCCCCAUCUCAGCGGCCUGCAGCCUCCCGGAACCUCGCACCUCACAGCCUCCUCCGUGUGGGACCCAACGGCCAGCACGGACUGGGACAACGAGAGGGCGUCAGCGCAGUGUGUGCUGCGGAUCAAGCGGGAUAUUAUGUCCAUUUAUAAAGAACCUCCCCCUGGGAUGUUUGUGGUACCAGACCCUCAUGACAUGACAAAGAUCCAUGCACUUAUCACAGGCCCUUUUGAUACACCUUAUGAAGGUGGAUUCUUCUUGUUCUUAUUCCGGUGUCCCCCAGAUUAUCCCAUUCACCCACCUCGCGUCAAAUUGAUGACAACUGGCAACAAUACUGUGAGGUUUAACCCCAAUUUUUACCGUAAUGGCAAAGUCUGCCUGAGCAUUCUAGGUACUUGGACAGGACCCGCAUGGAGUCCAGCUCAGAGCCUGUCUUCAGUGCUCAUCUCUAUCCAGUCCCUGAUGACUGAAAAUCCUUAUCACAAUGAGCCUGGCUUCGAGCAGGAAAGACAUUCAGGAGACAGCAAGAACUACAAUGAAUGCAUUCGUCAUGAGACCAUCAGAGUGGCAGUAUGUGAUAUGUUGGAGGGGAAGUGCCAGUGUCCAGAGGCCUUACGGAGUGUAAUGGAGAAAUCCUUUUUGGAAUAUUAUGAUUUUUAUGAAGCGGUGUGCAAGGACAGAUUUCAUCUACAAGGACAAAGCAUGCAGGACCCAUUUGGGGAAAAGCGAGGACACUUUGACUACCAGUCUCUGCUCAGCCGCCUGCAGCUCAUCCAGCAGAAAGUACGGGAAAAACAUCGGCGGGAGACUGUUGAUAUAGACUCAGAGUCCAGCUCUUCUGAGACAGAAAUGGACAUUCAAGGAAGUUCAAACCCAUAAGGUGUGGGAAUGUAACAUGUAGAGCAUUGAGCGUCGUCACUUCAGACAGUAAACGUAGCUGAGAUAUCAUGGAUUAUGCUGGAUAAUAAAAGACUUUGUUUUACACAAAGCCAGUCCUGCUUUUGGCUGCUGUUUUGGAGGCAGAUUUAGUCAAUAUCUCUCUGCCAGUACCAAGAGGAGAGGGUCUGUGGCCAUUUUAUACAUAGCAAGGCUUGGACAGAUGGAGCCUGGAUGAAACACGAAGGCAGCACUUUCUGUUACCAAUCCUCCUUUACUUCGUGAAAUGGUCAUUUAAUGGCCCAGACAAGCCAAAGAACUUAAUUACAAGUGAACCAAGCCUUGGCCAGCCACAGGAGUAAACACAACAGACGCAACUUUAUGUUCGACAUGAAAAAGAGACGCCAUCUUUUUAUUUUACAUUUCCACUCUUUGAAGGCGCACUUCAUCUUUUACCUGGUGGGCAUUGUCCAUUUAGCUGUUAAUACACAUUUGCUGCAGGAAUAAAUCGAGGCUUCUUAUGUAUCUUGUUUUGGGGUUUUUUAUGUUAUAUUGUAACCUUUUAUUUGUGAUGGCUGCAAUUCAGCAUAAGCAAUGUGAAUAAGUCUAUUAUUUUACCAAAUCAUGUAAGAAACGUACAGAAAGGCUUUGGACAGGGAAUGGCUAUAAUAAAAAAUAUUUUCCUCAUUA